GUUGAUCAAUGUGGAAGAAGACAAUAUAAACCUUAUCUGAUGAAAAUUUAGUGCUUCCGAUGCUUGCUGCAACAGGUGCCGUCAUUGGUAGACACUGCUAUCUAGCCGAAGAUGAAAAUCACUGUUUCUUUUGCCUCAAAAGCCUAAAUUUAGUGAUACAUUUAUCCUAUACCUGUCUACUUCAAUGGAAAAUCUCUAUUGAGGAAAUUUAUACCAAAUUGAGCAAAUCUGGAAGUACAAUUGAAAUUCUGAAAUCGGUGUUUCCCCAUUUUUUUAUACAUUGAAUGAAUUAACUUGAAUAUAUUGAAACUAUUGAUUCAUACUCGUUUGAAUCAUCAAUCAUGAUGGUUAUGGAUCAUUACUUUUGCAAGUUUUACAUGUGUUGCUCAUUUGUGAUAUAUUUUAAUCGAUGCAGUUUUUCUUUAUAAAGGUAAUCUUCCAUGUUUGAAAAUAUCCUCGCAUAUCAAAGCCCUACAAAUCGUAACACGCCGUAUGUACCUAUCACAUCAAAUGAUUGCAUAAGAGAAUAAGUGCAAUCAGACUUAUGUGCAAGUAAAAGCCAAAUUUUUAAUACAAUCGAAGUUAUGCGGAUGUAUGCCCGACCCCUUAUCUUGGCAACUUUUUUGGAGAUUUAAACUCGGCCUAUAUGCGAGGAUACACAGGAUAUGAUUAACAAUGUAAUAAAAUCAAUUUUCAGAUUCUUACCGAAUAUAAGAUAUAUUAUUUAGCCUUGUCACUGUAAAUAAGUCAAUUUUAAAACUUGAACAUGGAUGAUGUUGGCGAAUUUUUAGUUCCUUACUUGCCAAACGUACGUGUUCCACAGGCAGAGGAUCGGAUUCAUAAAGACGAAUGUUGCUUGAGUUUUGAUACACCAUACACAGAAACUGGCUUAUAUGUAUGCUUGAAAAGUUUUCUUUCAUUUGGACAAAAACAUGUUAAAAUGUAUCAUGAAGCUACUGGAAAUUCAGUGUUUUUGCAUUUACGGAAGACACCAAUUGAACCAAAGCCACGAGAGGAAUCAACUGAAACAGAAGAGCAAAAACCUACCAGAUUGGCUCUUGGUGUGGAAGGAGGUUUUCAAGCCAAUGAACAGCAAAAGACAGAGUAUGAAGAAAUUAAUACAAUUACUAUACUACCUGAUUUUGUUGAAAUACCCAUUGAAAAUAUUGAAGAAAUACCUGCAAUAUUACUGAUGAGUGUUCAAGCUGUUUUAUCAUCCGAAUCAGCUACGAGGAAGGAGGAACUUCUUCAAUGGGAAGGUGAUGUUCGGGUAGUUUCGCAGCACAGCAACACUUUGAAGCAGAUUGAUAAUGAUGUACGUAUUCCUCCUUCUGGUUGGAAAUGUUCAAGAUGUGAUCUUACAAACAAUCUAUGGGCAAAUCUUACUGAUGGAACGAUUUUAUGCGGCAGGCGAUACUUUGAUGGCACCGGUGGUAAUGAGCAUGCCUUGGAAUAUUUUCGUGAAACCGGAUAUCCAUUAGUCGUAAAGUUGGGAACAAUCACAUCCAGUGGAGCAGAUGUGUUCUCAUAUGAUGAAGAUGAUAUGGUUCAGGAUUCUAACUUGGCGCAUCAUUUAGCUCAUUUUGGAAUUAAUAUGAUGAACAUGGAGAAAUCUGAGAAAACGAUGACCGAAUUAGAGAUUGAUUUGAAUCAGAAAUUAGGAAAUGAGUGGGAAAUUCUUCAGGAAUCUGGAAAACAGCUAAAACCUUUGCAUGGACCGCAUUUAACAGGAAUGAAGAAUAUGGGAAACACUUGCUAUCUUAAUUCAACAAUGCAGGUUUUAUGCAGUAUGGAUGGAUUUUCUGAGAUUUACAAUUCAAAAUGUAUGGAAAUUUUCAAUAAGGCAAUCAAAGACCCUGCUUCUGACUUCAACUCUCAAAUGUCAAAAUUGCUGUCAGGUCUUUCAUCUGGUGAUUAUUCUAAAUCUCCUAAAGAUGAUAAAACUGUUCCUAACAAUGGAAUAUCACCUGGCAGUUUUAAGAGGCUAGUGGGUCGAGGGCAUCCAGAGUUUUCCUCUAAUCGUCAGCAAGAUGCUCAAGAAUUUCUUUUACAUUUGUUAUGUCUAAUUGAAAGAAACAGUCGACUACUUGGUGCUUCUCCAUCGAACUAUUUGAAAUUUCUGAUAGAGGAAAGAAUAGAAUGUGUGCAGAGCAAAAAGGUCCGAUAUUCUACUAAACCAGAGUAUAUUUUAGAUCUCCCAAUCCCUUGCCAUGCUGCUAUAAAUAAAAAUGAAGUUGAAAAAUAUGAAGCGAAAAAGAAAGCUGCUGAGAAAGACAAAAGUAUUGUUGUUGGUGAGCAAGUGAGGUUGGAGAUACCAUUCACAUCAUGCCUUGAAGCUUUUCUACAGGAUGAUUUAAUAGAUGAUUUUUGGAGUCCUGCAUUGCAAGAAAAAUCAACUGCUAAGAAAUGUACUAGGUUCGCUUCGUAUCCAGAUUAUUUGGUGAUUCAACUGAAAAAAUUUUCAAUAGGAGAUGACUGGGUACCAAAAAAACUUCAGGUUAGUGUGAAUAUGCCUGAAACAUUAGACCUGGAAAAGUUCAGAGGAAGAGGUCUUCAAGAAGGGGAAGAGUGUUUACCAGAUAUCGAGCCACCGCAAAACAAUGCAACAAAGCAGACCGUCCCUCAACCACAGCCGAACGCAGACCCUACAACUAUAUCUCAACUUGUAGAAACUGGGUUUCCAUAUGAAGCAUGUGUGAAAGCAGUUCACUACACAGGAAACUGCGGUGCCGAUAUGGCAAUGACAUGGCUGAUGGAGCAUAUUUCGGACCCUGACUUUUCUGAACCACUUCAACUUACUGCUGCUCCACCACAGCCAAUUGGUGCUGUUGCUGGUGCAAGCUCUGCGGACCCUUCAGAGGAGAGUAUUAACAUGAUUGUGUGUAUGGGAUUCACCAAAGAUCAAGCGAUCAAAGCAUUGAAAAUGACUAACAAUAAUUUAGAAAGAGCUGCGGAUUGGAUUUUCAGCCAUAUUAAUGAGUUGGACACUAUUGCUGUUGGAGAGGGUGACAAUCCAAAUGCACAGCAGGAAGCGACUCCUAUGGAAGUACCACAAUCUGAGGAAAGUGUAACUCGUGAUGGUGUUGGACAAUAUGAACUUUUUGCCUUCAUCAGCCACAUGGGAAGUUCAACUUUAUGUGGUCAUUAUGUUUGUCACAUUAAGAAGGAUGGCAAAUGGGUUUUAUUCAAUGAUGAGAAGGUUGCGGAGUCUGAGAACCCUCCAAUCAAUCUAGGUUAUUUGUAUUUCUACAAGCGCAAAGUGAAUUAAUUUCUGUGCAUCAUCUUAUUGCAUGUCAUGUUCAGCCAGUUAUUUAUCUAUAAUCACACAUAAUUCACAUCCUGGUAUAAAAUUAUAUGCUGGAAUGCGAAAUCCAAUUGACAGACUAGGAUCAUAGUCCCAUUUAUCAUUCAUAUGCCCUGCAACAUCUUUUGUUGUUCAUUUUUCAGCGUUGCUAUUGAAAACAUGUAACGGGGUAUGCCAGAUGGCUAUCAUUUAUCAGAUUUUGGAACCACUAUCAGAUUUGGUUUGGCCGACAUAUUUGGCUAUCCUCUUAUCUAGAAAUUUGAGUUUGUUUGCCUGCAAUAAAUAAUUUUUAAUGUUA